AGCACAUGACACGCAAACAGAGAGAAAAAAGGGUCCAAUUUUUGUGUUUGAAUUUAUUUUUUUUUUUUAUUAUUUUUUUUAAAUUAAGGAUUGAAGGAGAAAAGGGCUAUUGGGUUAGCGAGAUGAAGAGAAAAUUUGGUAUAUGGAAAAACAAGAAAAAAGGAAUAAUGUAAUGGAGACUCAUCAUUCACAUUUAUCAUCAGCAGGCAUGGAAGGUGUGCAGGAGAAUGAGAUUGAAGAAUUGUCUCAACUGAGUAUUUCUGAUUUACGAACAGGAGAAAUAUCUCAAGUGCAAAAUUCUGAUGGAGAAGCUAGAGCCAAAGGGGUUAUAUCUGCAAAUGCAAAGAACGAAGUAAGAUCAUCACUAACUAAGCCAGACUGUAAAGCAUCAGAAGAUGCAGUGGCGCUUCCAAGAAAACGCCAUAGUCUCCUUCAUUUAUUUUCUCUUAGAGAUAUCAAUUCUUGCAUUCUGAUAUCUGAGAAUAAACGAGUCGUUUGUUCUGUCAUGAUUUCAUUCAUAGUUGUCCUGUCUUAUGCCCAUCUUCCACAUAGUAUAGCAAAGUCAAAUAGCUUCAUUGCCUCAAGGCCUCUUUACAUACUGUUGCUAACUGAUUUGACAAUAGUGGUUGCAAGAAUAGUCCGCAAGGAAGUAGUUCCUGAUGAAGCUAGGGACCAGGACGGAGAACCAGAGAAGGAUUUUGGACAUAAUUGGGAUGGAGCUCGAAUCAUAUUGGAAUACGGCUUGGUACUCUAUCAGACAGUUCGCGCAAUCUUCAUAGACUGCAGUUUCUAUUUGGUCAUUGUCAUAUGUGGUUUGUCUCUCAUAUAGUUCCCAUAGAGCUAGUUUUUGCUGAUUCUUUGGAAUAUGGUGAAGGGGAGCCUUGGCUUACUGGUAAAGUUACUGCCAUGUAACUAGGAGGUCAUGACUCGAGUUCGAGCCGUGGAAACAACCUCUUGCAAAAAUGCAAGGUAAGGCUGCACACAAUACACUUUUAUGGUCAGGCUCCGGAUCCGCUCAUAGCGGGAGCUCAAUGCACCAGGCUGCCCUAUGACCAAUUAUUCACUAACUUUUUGCCUGUAUAAUAUGGCAUGAGACCUCAUGUAUAAUACUCAAAUAGUAUAUACUCAAUACAACCUCUUCUAAACAUUCAUAUU